GCGGCCAAGGCCAAUCCGCGGAAUCCUCGGUAUCUCACCAGGUUCCAAGCACUCCCAGAAUCCAGCACAUAUCUGGCGCUGGAAUAGCCCCCGAUCUCUUGCAAUGGCUCGCGGCCACACCAAGUCACGCUUUGGCUGCCGCGAGUGCAAGCAGCGGCACAUCAAGUGCGACGAGUCGAAGCCGGGCUGUGUCAACUGCAUCACAGUCAAGCGGCAAUGCUCGUUUCUCUCACUGUCAUCGGCCACGUCACUACCAGCUCAACAAUGGACUUCCCCGACUCCAAUCCAUGCAUGCUCACCACCCAGCAGUAGUCGGACAUCCCGCCAGCAUGAGCAGCCACGCGUGCCGGGAUCGACAAGCCAUCGCAAUGAAGCUCCCAGUCAGACUCCAUCGUCAGCGUAUGACACACCGAUCUCCAGCUCUUCCCAUGCUUCUGCAGACGAGACCCUACCGGACGACUACUUCACGUUGACACACCUGCGGCUUCUUCACCACUACCAGACUGAACUCUCCGACCUCCUCAUCGCCCAGCAGCCCCAGGCAGCGCCAAUGCUGCGGUACAUGGUCAGCUCGGCUAUGGGCGCUCCUUUUCUCAUGGACCAAGUUCUCAGCAUGGCAGCUGCACACAAGUGCACAACGACAUGUCUGGACUCCUUGAUGGCCAGCACGGAAAGACCAGUCAGUGCCUCGCAACCAGACUAUUUCGUCGAAGCCUCGAUGCUCCAGUCACGCUCCAUGCGCAAGUUUCAUGUUGCCCGGGAGGCCCUCGGUGGUGAUGCGUUCUUCCACAGACAGCCGCUCGAGAUCUUGUCCUUCUCUGUGCUCGUCAGCCACAGCGCCCUCUUCUUUGCCUGUGCAGCGGCCACAAGGUACUACUUUUACAACAGCGAUGCUGCUCCUGGCACCAGGGACAGCACCGCAGCUUCCAGCACCUCUCAAAGGAACAACAACAUCACCUUUGGCGUUGUGCUUGACGAGUUCGACACGUGCUACAUGGUACACAGCGGCAUGGCCGAUGUGGCCAGGCAGGUGAUCCCGCUGGUCGACGCAGACGUGCGCAACGAGAUGUUCAGCUUUGCUGGGCGUUCAAUACUGGUAGACAAGGAAAACCCCAAGGCUAGCACGCCACGGCAGACAGAUUUGGACAAGCAGGGGUAUGCUUCUCCAAGUACCACGCCCUCAUCCUCAUCAUCGAUGGACGUCGACACACGCGCGAAUGACGCGAUUCCUCCCCUGGACCUGCUGGAAAGCCUCGUCGCGAUUGCUUCCACGCCCUCGUCAGCUUCAUCAUCAGCAUCACUAUUUGCAGGCUUCUCUGCUUAUGCAAACCAGAGCCAGGAUCCACGACAUCUCCUCACAUAUCGCACGACCCUCGAUGUCCUCCUUAAAGAAUACCGCGAUGCCGCGACUGACGAUGGCUCCCGACCCAGAUCCCAGCGAUAUCUCUCCGCCACGCAGCACUUCCUAGUCCGCAGCCCUCCUCAGUACCGUGAGCUGCUAGCCCAGCGACGACCCGAGGCGCUCGUCAUCUUUGCAUACUAUGCGGUCCUCAUGCACCGAGCAGGCGAUUACUGGGGCAUCGGAUCGCUCGCGGGAGGGGUGCUGGUCACUGGAAUUGAGGGGUAUCUUGGUGGGUUUUGGCGACGGUGGUUGGAGUGGCCUGUGGCUCAGGUGGGACGGCAGUGAAGAGACUUCGGAGCAACGGUCAAUCAUAUCAUGUCCUGAACCCGUGGAAUGCCUUCUGCGUGUUGUCCUUGUCAAUUCUCUAACACGGGGUCUCAGAGGCGGGAAGAAGUCGACAAUGCCACUUGUUCAGAAUCUGCCACACAGACAUACCAUUGAGUCCGAAGUCUAUUCGGGAAGCACCCGUUGUGGGCUUGUUCCAAAAUUCCGAGAACAAGUUCUAGGCCCAUCCUUAGAGGCUGCACAUCAUGCAUUCGAGUUUCGGGACGACUAGAAGGGCACCGCACCUGCAUUCCACCUCCGAAGCCCCCAUGGUCUAAGCACUGCCUCGAUAAGCCUGCUAUGAUAUAGCCCC